UUAUUUCAGAUUCAUAAAUAUAAAAAGCAAUAUUCACGAUUAUAUUCAAGAUUCGUUAUGACGUUUUCAACGUUUUUUAUUUGUUUAAUUUUAUCUAAUGUCUAAUAUGUGUCUCAUUAACCAUGUAUCUGACAAGUAACUUUUGCAUAUAAGCAUUAUUUCUAGAGAAUCUGUGCAACAUGUCAUGUUCCUUCAUUUAUAGCUUUACAUGAAAGAAGAAUAUUCUUUUAGCAUACAUAUCUUCGAAUUUUAAAUAGAUUUAUUUAUACAAAAACAGUCUGAAAAAAAUUAUAAAUCUCGGAUAUUUAAUUAAAGUAUAUUGAACACACACAAAGUGUAAUGUGAUAUAGUCAAUAAAAUAACAAAUAGAAGACUCACAAAUGUUACAGAUUGGCCUUUGGAGUUAUAUAUUGUGAUAUGCAGAAUAUUCACUUGAAUAAAUGUUCUACUAAUAUCACAGAGAACAAAGAUCCUCAAAACAUUGCAGAAUAUGAGAUAAAUGAUGAAGUAGUAACUUUACAGCAACAAAUAACAGAAUUGAAUAAAGCUAUUGUAAAUUUAGAAGAUGCUAUGCAAAUAAAAGAUACACAAAUAGAAAACACACAUCGAGAGAAAGGAAGAUUAUUGGCAGAACUAAAGAAACAACAAAGAUGUAAUAGAAAUCUUAAACAACAGUUAGAUGAUGAGAGAUUUUUUUAUCAAAGGGAGAAAGACCACUUUAUUGAAGAAAUGCAACGGUAUAGGACUAAAUAUACUGGUAACAUGUCAAAGUUUCAGCAACAACAGCAUAAGGAACUGGAACAUACGCAAGAUAUGUUAGAAAUGGAAAAUAAGCGACUCGAAGAGGAAUUGGUGAAUAAAAAUGAAGUUAUAUAUAACACAUGUAUAAAGUUUCUUCGUAUGAAACAUGCCAAGGACACAUUAAGAUACAAAUUGGACCAGCUUUUACAUGAGCAUCUGCUAGUAAUAGCAGAAAUGAUGGAAAAGUUAGAUGAGGCGAGAAAAGAACUUAAUUUAAUUGUAUCAGAGAAAUUUCAGGAACCAUUGCCCCUCAAUAAAGCUAAAUUUUUACAAGUUGUACAAAAAAAUAAUAGAUUGAUGUAUGAAAAUGCGACAUUAAAGGUACAAGUUCAGCAACUUACACAGAGCAUAGAAAAGUUAAAAAGUCAGAUACAAAGACCAAAAAAGAUUAAUAUAGAUGCUAAGAUUAUUGAGAAAUUAUCAAUGCAAAACAAUACAAGGUCAACUCUAAUCAACAAAACGGAAAAAAUCGCUUUACUCUCUAAAUUAUCUCAACCUAUCAAUUAUUUUGAAGACGCAAAGGUAACAAGUGCAUUAUAUAAUAUGCGAAAUAUUGAGAAUUACGAUUCUAAAAAAUUUCAGACUGAACGCGCUCAAAGUGCACCGGGAAUUGUAGAAGCAUCUGCAAUUUCUCAACAGAAUAGAUAG